AUGUCAGCUCUUCGCGAACACCGUGCCAUGAUGUCCCGGCUUGCGGCAGUAUUCAAUCACAUCCAGUCCCCCCUCGAGUCUUGCUCUGACGCUGUCGGCUCUAUUUGCUUUUUGCAAAUGCUAUUACUGGCGGAUAACGCCAACCGCCCCGUUAAAGGGAACGAUGACGUUGCAAAGAGAGAAGAUGCACGGUGGUCACAGCUGCGGGUCGUCGUCCGCUUACUGCCAGCUUUCUUCGAGGAAGUCGGCAAACUGAAUGACGACGCGAUGAGUCGGCGCGACAUCAGUGUGCUUGCAGCGUGCUCGAGCCUACGGUGGGCGGCUAUCGUGUCCAUGGGCAAGAUUGAAGGAUACCCCCACACCCCCAGAGGAUCUGGUGCCCUGGCUAGACGCAGGCUGCAGCUGCUCCUGAAGAUGCUCCAGAGAGUCAAGGGCUUGCAUCUCCUCAAAGUGGCCGCGAGGAACUACGAUGACCUGGAUGAGCUCUUCGCUGAGCCUAGUGACCCGCGGUGCGAACUCGCGUCUCGCAACGCGUUGACCCUGUUGGACGGGGCGCGCCGCUGUGGGUGGCCGGAGGGAUGGGCGCAGCCUGAUAAGAGGUAUCUUCCGAAAGAUACCCCAUGCAUGUGGGAGUGGCGUCGAUUGUUCUGGAAGAGCAAUCCAGGUCCCAAACCCGCUGCCUCCCGGUGUCUGCGCGCCAUAUUCAAUCAAGAGCUCGUCAAUCUAUCGGUUUCUAGAGGUCCGGGCCUGGCGGUUCUGCAUGGUGCACGACUCGAUGCACAGGCGCUCGGCGCAUUGCUUGACCUCGCGAGCAUCGUCGACCUUCAGGCAAACUGCACGUCAGAGAAUGACAGUGUAGUGUCGGUCGACGCCUCUGCUCAGGAUCUGCCCAACACUGCCUUUCGUCGCAUCGGCUCGAGCGGCACGGAUGCUAUCGAGGACGAACCGGGCCCGCUCGUCGCCAGCGAGUCUGCAAGCAUCGUCGAUCUUCCAGUAACGCCUGUGUCAGGCGGUGCCAGCACAGGGUAUUCCCCUUCGACCGCGGUGCCGGUCGACGCCUCUGCUCAGGAUCUGCCCAACACUGCCUUUCGACGCAUCGGCUCGAGCGGCACGGACGUCAUCGAGGAUGAACCUGACUCGCUCGUCGUCGCCGACGGGUCUCACGGGCAGUUUCGGGGGGAUCAGAAGCAAGGCCAGACAAACGGUCGCGCAGUAUAA